GAAAGUUACUGUGUAUGUCCUAUAGAAAGCAGAACUAAUGCCAAGUGAGCUUGAGCAGGAUUCAUCUCAAGCAAAUAUAUGUGCUCAUGUGGCUACAAAAAUCCACUGUGUCAAAUAUUUGGAAAAAUCGUGACAAGAUUAAAAAUGAGUAGAAAUCCAAUAGUUAGAAGAAAAAAACGCGGCUAUUGCUGCAUCCCCAAGUCGAUGAUAUACUGUUUAAAUGGUUUCAACAAAAGCAUGCUAAUAAUUUUCCAAUAAGUGGACCUAUGCUACAAAUAAUGGCUGAAGAAUUUCGGAAAUUGAUUGGAGAUUACUUCAAAUGUAGUUCCGGUUGGCUAGACAGGUUUAAGAGGAGACAUAACAUUGUUUUUGGAAAAAUGUGUGAAUGCUACCAGAUAAAAGUCACGAAUUAAAAGGUGAAGCUUGCGAUGGAGGGAAACUAUCAACAGA